CUUCAAUGGGCCGGCACCCCAUAUCAUAAAACAGCCAUCGACCUCAACGACUUGCAGACCACCCUGCGCAUUUUGACCGAGGCUCUAUCACUCCCGUACUAUGAUGAUAUAUUUAAACUUGGAUUCCGUUCUAUCCGGUCGGCGUCCAAGAAAUUUAACUGUGCAAGGCUGUUCCUUUUUUUUCAACAACUCUGGUGCUAGGUACCGAGAGGAAAUGGCGAUGUUCACACUUGUACUAUUGGCUGUCGAAGAAUGGCACAUGAGCAAGUCGAACGGACAGUUGAUAAACCAUCUGCUGCUGAACUACACAAUGGAUGGCAGUGACGGGUACGACCAUCUUUUGGGAUCACCAUUGGAUCUAAAUCAUGCUCUCAUUACCACGAACAUGAAUGUCUAUAAUCUACCAUUCAUCAGAUGGCUGGUCCGCAAUGGAGCAGAUGUUAAUUUCACAUCGGAAAGGCAGAGCAUCAAGGACGGCCAUGGAACACCACUGAUUGCCGCAGUGGUAAACAGUCUUCAGGACGAUACAUCCAUUGUUGAACUUCUCGUGGACAAGGGAGCCGAUAUCAACCAAUCAGCAACAAUCGGGCCGUAUGGAAAUGCAUUAAUCGCUGCUGUUGAAACAGAGAACGAGAAUAUGGUGCGAUUUCUCUUGAACAACCCGGGCAUCGAUGUCAACAAUCAAUCAAUGCUGGGCAGUGGUGGUACUGCACUAAUCCGUGCUUGCUGCAUUGAGGAUGACCGAAUAGCAACAUUAAUUCUCCAACAACCCAAGUUACAAGUCAAUCUUCAAGCAUCUGUUGGUUUUUACGGCACUGCACUAAUUGCUGCAUGCGCUUGGAACUGUGUUGAAACAGUACGUUGUCUACUGGGCCGCCCUGACAUUGAUGUCAAUAGGCAGUCGUCUAUUGGUGAUUUUGGUACCGCCCUAAUUGCUGCAUGUUAUUAUUACCAUCUGGACAUCAUACGGUUGCUACUGGAUCACCCCAAUAUCAAUGUCAAUAUUCAGUCAUCUGUUGGUCAUUAUGGAACUGCACUGAUUGCUGCAUGUGACUCAAAUAAAUCUUUCUGGUACAAUAGUCUAGGAGACAGGGAAAUCACCAUUGAUAUACUUCUCAACACGUCCACUAUUGAUAUUCAUGCCAGAAUCCCUCAUGGCAAACAUGAGAGUGCCUUGUCUGCCGCCUGUUGUAGCAACAAUGCAGGUCUCCUCAAGAAAUUUCUACCGAGAGUCAUCAACUCUUUGCCAAGACAAGAAAUCUAUGGGUGGCCACCAGUUGAAGAAUUUAUGAAAGAAGACUGUGUCAGGACCAUUGUCAUACUUGUCAAGUCCCAAGUCCCGCUGAUAUAUCAAAUUCGCACUGAGCUUUGUCAAAAUACGGGUCUCAUAGAGUAUCUCAAGAGAAAGUUCGAAGACUCUGGGAAGUUAUCUUGGAAGAAAGCCCAUUUGGUGAAUAUGGCAUUGAUAUCCGACGUCCUGGAUAUUAACAUGGAAAUCCCCAUGAUUAUGAAAUCUGAUGCAUUGCGUGUGAUAUGGAAGCAUUUGGACAACGAUGGAUAUUCCGCAGUAUUCACUGAAGCUCUAAGUAGUAUGGGAUUCUACAACCAAUCCGCGAUGACCAAGAAAUGAUGGCAUACAUGGCUUUUGGCAGGCCCAGAGAUCAUGGAGAAACAUGGAUGGGAAGGGGUGUUAAAAUCCUUCAUUU